CUGGGCUUCCUUUGCUUUCUCUGCGUGUCGUCGAGGUCUAGGCAGCCCGCCGCGACCAGGAGCCCUUGAGCCUCGCUCUGGAGAGGCGAGCCCCGUAGCCCAGCGACGCCCGCCAAAAGAGCCAGGCAAGAUAUGGAGGAAAAUGGCAGUGGUGAUUCUGCCCCCUUUCUAAAGGACUUUCUUGUCCAGAGAGAAGUGAUUGAAAUGUGCAUCUGUUGUCUUCGGGAAACAGCAGACUCCAUCGACAAGACCCACAAGGACUGCACCAUUGCCAACAUUACUGCCAGCUCUGCAGGUGCCUCAUCUGGCAUCUUGACCAUCCUGGGCCUGAGCUUGGCCCCAGUCACAGCUGGUGCAAGUUUAAUCCUGACCAUCACAGGGGCUAGCAUAGGAGCAGCAGCAGCAGUAACUGGCAUUUCUGCAAGUAUAUCAGAGCGAGUCAUUAAUUCAAAGAAAAGCGAACGCUCACGACAACUGAUAAGCAAAUGUGAGGAAAGCUUAAACAAAUGCAAGAAAAGCCUAGCAAUGUUGAUUGGCUGCAGUGAAAAAGAUUUUGACUCUGAGUUUUCUCCAGUUUCAAAAUUGGCUAACGGUAUCCGGAGUGUGUGGAGAAUUGCAGCCAAUGCAAAAGCUCUGAAAGUUGCUCAAGCUAAUCCUGCCUUGAAGAUUUUAGCAAAGGAAGCUACGGCUGCAGGAGGUAUAACGCGGGCUUCACUCAAGGGGGUCCAGGAAGUUGAAGAAGCCUUUAAAGGAACUGCCCUUGCUAUGACCAAAGGAACCAGGGUUCUGGGUGCUGUGGGAGCUGGGUUGUUUCUUGCCGUAGAUGCCUAUUUCAUUGUUCAGGAUGCCAUACAUUUGGUGAAAGGGGGCAAGGCAGAAGAGGCAGCUAAGAUCAGAGACCAGGCUAAUAGGUUAGAAGAGGUACUGGAGAAGCUUAGUAAGUUGUAUGAGCAACCGAGUAUGCCCCCUGCUAGUUAGUCUCCUGCUAACUGGGCAAAGAGGCACCUUUUACCGUGGUGAUUUUCUUUAUUUAGCAGCGGGAGAGUAACUGGCCCUAUCCACCCCCAGCACAGUACCUCCAGUGACUGUUGCUGGUGUCUAUCUUGUGGUUUUUUCAGAAUGUGAGCCCUUUGGGGACAGGGAGCCAUCUUAUUUAUUUAUUAUUUCUCUGUGUAAACCACCCUGAGCCAUUUUUGGAAGGGUGGUAUAGAAAUUGAAUUAUUAUUAUUAUUAUUAUUAUUAUUAUUAUUAUUAUUAUUAUUAUUAUUAAUAGUGGCAGUGUGAACAAGGUGGACCAGAAACUGCAAUAUGAAUUUAUAAAUUAUGUGAGUUGCUGUGUUUUCUUUUUUUCUGGUGAUGAACAUAGCCAUUUUUUAAAAUUUUGACUUGCAGUUAUCUAAAUGCCAACUCCUAUUUCUCUGACCAAACCAAUUAUCAGACACAGACUUCUUAAGCUACUUGAACUGCUUAUUAGCAUAAACUGCAUACAACCCAGAUAAUAAGGACAUGUGCUGUGAAGCUUCCCUUUUGGAGAAGAUGCAUAAUUUACUUAGCAGUUAGCUGGUGUCUUUUUGUUGGAGAGCCGCACAGGAAUCCAUAAACUAAUUGAAUAAGAACAUAAGAAAAUUCCUGCUGGAUCAGGCCAAAGCCCUUUUCAGUCCAGUAUCCUACUUCAUGCAGUGGCCAAUCAGGUGCAUCUGGGAAAAGAAGCAGGGAGAAGAAGGCAACUACUCCUUCCCACUGGUGUUCCCUAGCACCUGGUAUUCAGGGGCUUACUAAGGAUGUGCACAAAAUUUGCCCAAAUUUGAUUAAAAUAGAUUUGAUUGGGAACCAUUUGUUCGAGUGGAGAUUUGUUCUAAUCAUUUUGAAUUCAACUGAAUUCGAACUGAAUUCAAUUCAAAUCUGGGCAAAUUCAAAUUAAUUUGAAUGAAUCUCCACUCUGUUAAGUGGUUCUGAAUCAGGCAAAUUUCAUGCACAUCCCUAGGGCUUACCUCCCCCCGCCCCAAUACAAUGGCUUGUAGCCAUUGAUAUCUCUAUCCUCCAUGAAGUGUUUUAUCCUCUUCUAAAACCCUCUGGAUGGGUUGCCACUCAUUCAGUGACUGCAAAUUCCAUAAUUUAACUACAAUAGAUGACCCCAGGUUCUAAUAUUAUGAGAGAGAGAGCAACCUCUCUCUAUCCACUUUUUAACUUUUAUAAUCAAACUAGAUACCCAAGUUUCAUACCCCCUUUCAUUUCACUUCGACUUGUUUCCUUUUGAGCUCUCAGGAGAUACUCGGGGCUCAGAGUGUGUGUGUGUGUGUGUGUGUGUGUGUGUGUGUGUGUGUGUACUAUAAUCUAACUUCAUCCAUGUUUUGUGUUUUGAGAGAACAGUCAGUGUAGUCAAGGAAGGCUGGAUGUAGCCAUCUUUGAAGCCAGGCAAAUAUUUAUAGGUCACUGGAGAAGGCUGCUCCAGUAUUUUCCCUACUCCUGGUCCCAAUCUGGCUGUUUAUCCCAGAAAAACUUUAGCUCCACUAUCCCAGCUGAGCCAUGAAACUAAUGGCUGACAUUCAACAGAUUACCCUCGCUUCUGAAUGUCCGCUUGCUCCAUGUAAAACUGUCUGUUAGGAAUCUCAUCAGAGAUCAUACUGUAGGUGUCCCCACCUUUAGAGUUCAGCUGGGCAGCAACUAGAAACUGAUCCUUUUUGGUGUUGGUGUCUCAGUUGUAGAAUACUCUCCCCAAGAGCACUCCUAAUGCCUACUUAGCUAGCUUUUAGGCACCAGCUGAAGGCCAUUUGAUUCUCCUAGGCUUUUAGUACAGAAUAGUUUAAUUCUUUUUAACUUUAGUAUGUAAUGUUUUAUAUUGUUCUUGCUGUCAAUUGCUUUAUUUUACCUUUUCAUUGCUACUUUUAAAAAUGUGGUAUAUACAUUCCAUGUAUUGUUAACUCCUUUUGUGAGGUAGCAAGUUGUUUUUGCUGGAUGGCAGGAUAUAAAUGCUUUAACACAAACAAACUCAAAAUGCUUUAACAGAAGUUUGCAUCUUUUAUUUUCAUAUUAUUAUUUUUACCUUUAUAUCCCUCUCAUCCUCCAAGGAGUCCAGAGCAGUAUACAUGGUUAUGUUUCAAAUUGAAGGGAAAAGGGAACAGCUAAAUCCUCGUGGUGGGUAGAGACCAGGAGUAGAAAGAGAUUUUUUUCUUUAAAAACCACAACUGAAGAAGACUUGAAAGAGUCAAAAUGAGCAAUCACUACAGGAGGCUUUUCACACAUGGCUUUUAUUGCAAAUCCACUGAUUGGAGUGUGCUAGUCCACAUAUUUGCUGGAUUUAUCCCAACCUCCCUGCAGGCUAUCAGGGACCAGGACAGAAAGGACUUUGAUUUUCCCCAAUGGAGGCUGUGAAUUCUGGCUUAGCCCAAAGCAAGUCUGGUUUAAAUAUAUCCUCUUUUUUCAUAGGCUUUUGAAAAAUAACCCAGGACUAGUGUUAUGCCCCGCAUUUUUCUCUGUUAUGUUUGGGGUGGUCAUGCCAGUAAAUCAGGGUUUUUACAAAACUCAGUGAAGGGGAGCUGUUUUGGGUAUGGCCUGCUCUAAGUGAUUUGCAAUCGCAAAAACAGGGUGCAGGGUGGGGGAGAGAUUCCCUAUUUAAACACAAGCACAGACUUCGAAAUGUGUGUCUUGCUAUGUUUUACAUAGGCUUUAGAUAUGCAGAAUGGAUGUAACCUGAGCCCUUUGUUGUCUAGGCUGAUUCAGUUAGGGGUGUGCGUUGGGGGUCUGUGUGGUAAACAUCAUGUGAUGAAGGCAGUCACUCACAAAGACAAAGCGUCCUACUGUUUGAUCCAGCUGUUUGACUACUCAUUCUUGCUAUUAACUAUUUUAAAAAGAAGCUCUCUCACCUCUUCCUCUGUGUUGGAGGGAAAACCCGGACACACAGGAAAAAGAUCUGCCAGGGAGUGCAUGGAGGGGCCAAAUCUGCUGCAAAGAAGAUUUGCUCUUCACAUAUCCCAAGGCAUAAAGCCAUGUGUGAAAAACCUCCAGGGAACUCAGGAACAUCCAUUCAUACUUCUCCUGCUUCGCCAGCAAUACAUCUUCAAUAUGAAUAACUGGAUCCAAUCUUUUAAACUGGAUAUAGACUAUUUUAAUGACCAUUUUAUAUAAAUUUUAUUGAAAUAUACAAAUCUAUUUUUAUUUCAGUAUUAUUAAAAUGCAUGCAAUUGCACAGUCUUUUAAUCACAUGGUUAAGAUUCUAUUAAAAUAUCAGUACGUUAUUAUGAAUUCUGUUAUUACUCGUAUAUGUUGUUGAAUCCAUAUAGGGUUUUGUUUUCUCUUCUCUCCUCACAACAACCCUGUGAGGUAGGUUAGGCUGAGAGAUAUGUGACUGGCCCAGAGUCAUCCAGUGAGUCUCAUGGCUGAAUGGGGAUUUGAGCUCAGGAUAAUAUUACUAUACUACACAGAAAUUAUAAGGAAUACAAAUAUCAUGUAAUGUAAAUUUUGAGCAAAAGUUCUCUUCCCCUCAGCCCUUGCUCCUAUCACUAUCUGAGAAAUAAUAUUGUAAGUGGUUUUAAUGCUCUCUGUUUUGUUUUUUAUUAAUUUGCAAUGACUUUUUCUUCUUUUGCUUUGAAUGUUCUAACUUGUAUUUUUACCUCUUGGAUUGUGUGAGCUGCCUGGAAAUAUCUCUAUGAAAAAGAGGACAUCUGUUUUUAAGGUAAAUAAAAGUAAAUUAAUGCAUGAGGCUCCACAAGCACUGGAAGACAGCCAAGCACUACAGAAGCUGCAAGUUAGCACUGGAAGCACAAAAAUACCAAUGAAUGGUACAACUAUCUCAAGGAGCCUAUCAGAAGGUUUUCUGCAAAGUUAGAACAGAGUAUUUCUUACCUUUUUUCUCUUCUAAAAGGAAAGGAUUUUGAUGCAACUUCAUCAGGUUUAUUUUUACCUUUCCCUACUUCUCAACAUGCUUUUGAUGAACAGGCAGGCAGUGAUCAAACAUACAUCUGUAUUUUCACAAAAUAUAUAAUUCCUUUUAUAAGUUGUCUUCCAAAUCGUAUGGACUCUUUUUAGUUUGAUUAUCUCCUAGCUGACCAGAGUGAUUUAUAAUGGGGCUAAGUUCUGUUUGAUAGCCAGCAAAACUCACCAGGAGCUCAUUCUGAACCCAAUUUAGUUGUACUGUUUUGAUUAAUACUGUUUUGCACUGGCUCCCAGUUUGUUUCUGGUGCUGGUUUUAACCUUUAAAGCCCUAAAUGGCUUGGGACCAAGUUACCUCAGAGAGUGCCUUGCCCCAUAUGUCCCUACCCGAACCUUAAGAUCUGCAGAAGCCCUCCUCCAGGUGCCCUUGCCAAACAAGGUGAGGUGGGUGGCUACCAGGGAGAGGGCCUUUUUGGUGGUUGCUGCCCCCCAUUUAUGGAAUAGCCUCACUAGUGAGGUUCGCCUGGCUUAAUCACUUUGUUCUUUUAGACACCACCAUAAAAUACCUUUAUGUUCACUCAGGCCUUUUAAAUUUAAUUUUUUUUAAAAAAAAUCUGAUUGUAACUGAUUUAAAAAAAAUGUUUUGAUUGUUUUUGUCUUUAUUUUCUUUCUCCUGUUUUUUGGCUUGUUUUUUUUCAAAAAAGAUGUGGCCUGUUAUGAUGUAAUGUGUGUUUUUAUCCCAUGUUUUAAUGAUGUAGUGUAAGCCACUCAGAGUACAAUUUGUUAUGGGUUGGCUAACAAAGUUUAUUAAUUAUUAUUAAUUCUUAUUAUUAUUAAUAAUUUGUUGAUGUUAUAUUACAGCUUAUAUGGUUUAUCCUGUUGGGCGUCUGUGUGUAUGUAUUAAUAUUGUACUGGUCUGUGACUGCAAUAAAGAAUUUUAUUUGACA